GCACAAGCAACUGAACUGCCGCUGCCUCCAGCACCCACCCACACCCACGCGCCAACCUUUUGUUUCGGGCAUACAUCAUGGGUCUCGUGGAAAAGGCGGUUUACCGAGCAGUGCUGCGUAAAGCGCGGCUGUUCGACAAGAACAUAGCAGCCAAGGCCCUCAUACAGCGGCAUGGUAUCGUCCGACCACCGUUGACCGACUCGGACGCUAUCGGGGGGGAUCGGCGUCUAUAUGCGGCUGCCUUGGAGGUGGUUGUGGGCAGCCACUGCCAUGUCAGGCCUGAGCGACUAGAAUGGUCUCUGCAGAGGCUAAUUCGCACGAUCCGCAUGGCCGACCAGAACAACCUCGAGGUAGUUGCGGAUAGGGCCGCGGCGAAUGAAGCCAAGGAGGCCGAGGGCGUGCCACUGGAAGAUAGAACAGUUUGGGAGCAAGAUGCGAUGGUAGCCAUUUCACUCGAAAUAUUCUUCCCGGGGGCUUUGAAAGGCGUCGACGAGGCGGACAAGAUUGGCGCAGGCUUUGCAGCCAUCCGCGAGCUGUCUUCGAAGUGGGCAUUGGCGGAAUCCCUAGGGCUUACCGAGGACCUGGAGAACAACGGGCAAACGUCUUGCGUCAAACGACGAAGAAGAAAAAAGGUGGCCGGACCCAGGAACACGUCCACAAAGAGGGCACUGCGGGUACUGCGGCACCAGGAGCAACGUGUCAGGGUGGCAGGGGAGCUGAAUACCCGAUCACCGUCCCCAUUGUCAGCAGGGAGGGGUUUCGAGCCGGACACUCGGAACAGUUUAACGCGGUCGGGGGUUGUGGUAGAGCCCACAGGAACGCCAGCCAAGGGCGUCUACCUGAUUUCACACCCACUGUCGUUUCUUAACGCGCCCGAGGAGAUGUUUCAUCGCUCAGUGGUACUACUGGUCGACCACUCGCCGUUGGGGUCGUACGGCCUGGUCGUGAACAAGGACAAGGGCGAGACACUGGAAGAAGCCUUGUGCGAGGAUGCGCUCCCGUUGGCAUCUGAUGCACUGCAGCAAGUGCUGAAAAAUCCUGUCAGAGUUGGGGGCCCCGUCAUGUCGCGCCUGGCUUGGCUGCACCCUUACAAGGAGGUCGGGGGAGUUCCGUUGGCCGAGGGCGCCGAGAAACCGGUGUUCUUCUGCGGAAAGAUGGAGAAAGCGGCCGAGCUAUUGACCAAGGGUACCGCUAAACCGGCUGAUUUCUCCCUGGUGGUAGGCGCAUCAGCAUGGGAUGCUGGCCAACUGCAAGGCGAAUUGAACCACGGCUUAUGGAUCAUGGCGAAGGCACCGGCAAGUUUCGCCUUGGCUGGGGGCGAAGACAUGUGGCGAGACAUGUUGGAAGCUAUGGGAGGACCGUACGCUGCGAUGUCCCGAGUGCCCCACGGCCGGCAGUGGGCAAGGGCCGGGGUGAAGAUGUCACCGUCUGACUGGCCAUGAUCUAUUGCUGUGGCUUGUACAAUUCGUAGGGUUCCCUUGGUGUUUCUUGUGGAUGUAUGCCGUGCGAGGGAUGCGGCCUGUGUUCAGCUACGCGUCACGUGUGUUUCGUGAUUGAGCCUUGACCACCCAACCCAGGGUUACCAGCCUCUUGCACGUGGCACCUCGGAAUUACUUCGCGAAUGGAAAAGCUAGGCACACGCGGUAUGCAGCACAAUUUUGCUCACCGUUAAGACUAAGCUGGGCGUGUGCGUGGGCCUGCAGGCCACGUGUGUAUGUAUCCCGUGUAUCGCUUAUUCCCCGCGUGCGAGCGAUGAAUGUCGUCGAGUCUCUCACACACCUGGCCGAAUAACAGGAAGAUCAACCUCUUUUUCCAAGUCCGAUUCUUGCCAUAAGCAGUAGCUAUAGAAUCUGCUCCACGCCGGUUUUACUGACCGUGUCAUAGUGCAAGCCCGUAGCAGGCAGGUUUGUUCUGGUGAGACGCGCACAGACGGAUAGAUUCGAAAGUUGCUGGUUGAGAUAUGUCUCAUCGAAGUCGGGUGAUUAUCUCUCUCUCCCUCCCUCUCUGUAUCUCUGCGUCCCAGUGGGUCGCAUUUUGUGUCG